GUUUGCUGGAGCUUCCUCACUGUCAUAGGGUAGUGAGGGGAUCUGCUGGUGUUGUUAUCACGUGUUAUAUGACUCUGGGAAGGGGGUAUCAAAAAAGAUGGCGUGCUGCGGGGGUUCGGUUUGCUGUUGCUGCGGAAAUCGGGAGAGCCGCACCCCAGAGGAAUUGACUAUACUAGGAGAAACACAUGAAGAAGAUGAGGAGAUUCUACCCCGGAAAGAUUAUGAAAGCUUGGAUUAUGACCGAUGUAUUAGUGAUCCAUAUCUUGAAGUUCUGGAGAGUAUCAACUAUAAGAGAGCCUGGAGGUAUGAGGCAGUGAGGUGGAUAAUGGUGUUUGCUAUAGGAGUCUGCACUGGACUGGUUGGGCUCUUUGUAGAUUUCUUUGUCCAGCUCUUCUCCCGGUUUAAGUAUAGAGUGGUACAAGGAUCUGUUGAAGAAUGUACUGAGAGGGGUUGUUUGGCACUUUCACUUUUGGAGCUCCUGGGAUUCAACUUAACGUUUACCUUUAUUGCAACACUAUUUGUCCUAAUUCAGCCUGUGGCAGCUGGUUCUGGGAUACCGGAGAUAAAAUGUUACCUUAAUGGGGUGAAGGUUCCAGGUGUUGUCCGUCUCCGUACAUUAGUGUGCAAGGCCUUGGGUGUCUUAUUCGGUGUGUCUGGAGGUCUGUUCGUUGGCAAGGAAGGCCCAAUGAUUCACAGUGGUGCUGUUGUAGGAGCAGGUUUACCCCAGUUUCAGAGCAUUUCGUUCCAGAAGAUACGUUUUGAUUUUCCAUAUUUCCGGAGUGACAGGGACAAGAGAGAUUUUGUAUCUGCUGGAGCAGCUGCUGGUGUGGCUGCUGCUUUUGGUGCGCCUAUCGGAGGUACGCUAUUCAGUCUGGAAGAAGGGUCCUCUUUCUGGAAUCAGGGCCUCACAUGGAAAGUGCUCUUCUGUUCCAUGUCAGCAACAUUUACCCUGAAUUUCUUCCGUUCUGGGAUUCAGUUUUCAAGCUGGGGAUCAUUUCAACUGCCUGGGCUGCUUAAUUUUGGGGAGUUUAAGUGCCCUGAUGCUGAUAAGAAGUGUCAUCUGUGGACUGUUGUAGACCUGGCAUUUUUCAUCAUUAUGGGUGUGACUGGAGGUUUGCUUGGAGCAACAUUCAACUGUCUGAAUAAAAGGCUAGCUAAAUAUCGCAUGAAAAAUGUUCACCCCAAACCAAAACUUGUCAGAGUGUUUGAAAGUUUGCUUAUCUCUCUGGUUACAACAGUGAUAGUAUUUGUUGCUUCAAUGGUUUUGGGAGAAUGUAGAGAAUUGUCUCCUUCCAACUGGAGCAAUACUUCCCUAACUGUGCAGGUCUCGUCUUCAGAAGAAGUGAAUUCAAGUAUAAAGACAUUUUUCUGUCCUAAUAAUACAUACAAUGACAUGGCAACACUUUUCUUUAAUCCUCAGGAAUCUGCAAUCUUACAGCUUUUUCAUCAGGAUGGCACUUUCAGCCCAGUCACUCUAUCUUUUUUCUGCUGUAUGUACUUCCUCCUGUCCUGCUGGACAUAUGGUAUCUCUGUUCCCAGUGGUCUCUUUGUGCCUUCAUUACUUUGUGGUGCAGCCUAUGGACGCUUGGUUGCUAAUCUUCUUAAAAGCUACCUUGGAUUUUCACACAUAUACUCUGGAACAUUUGCCCUGAUUGGUGCUGCAGCAUUCCUGGGUGGUGUGGUUCGUAUGACUAUCAGCCUUACAGUCAUUCUCAUUGAAUCAACUAAUGAGAUUUCUUAUGGAUUGCCAAUAAUGAUCACAUUAAUGGUGGCCAAGUGGACUGGUGAUUUCUUUAACAAAGGCAUUUAUGAUAUCCAUGUGGAAUUAAGAGGGGUUCCUCUGCUGGAAUGGGAAACCGAAGAGGAAAUGGACAAACUGAGAGCCAGUGACAUCAUGGAACCCAACCUCACAUAUGUUUACCCACACACCCGAAUUCAGUCCUUGGUCAGCAUCCUUCGUACAACUGCCCAUCAUGCAUUUCCGGUAGUGACUGAGAACCGUGGCAAUGAAAAAGAAUUCAUGAAAGGAAACCAACUUAUCAGUAACAAUAUUAAAUUUAAGAAAGCAAGCAUUUUAACACGGGCUGGAGAGCAGAGAAAGCGAAGUCAGUCUAUGAAGUCUUAUCCAUCCAGUGAGCUACGCAAUAUGUGUGAUGAGCACAUUGCUACUGAAGAACCUGUUGAGAAAGAGGACAUGCUACAACAGAUGUUGGAACGGAGGUAUACCCCUUAUCCCAACCUCUACCCUGAUCAGUCUCCAAGUGAAGAGUGGACAAUGGAAGAACGGUUUAGACCAUUGACUUUCCAUGGUCUCAUCCUUCGUUCCCAGCUGGUCACAUUGUUAGUUCGUGGAGUGUGCUAUGCUGAGAAUCAGUCUAGUGCAAACCAGCCCCGUCUUUCACAUGCAGAAAUGUGUGAAGAUUAUCCACGUUACCCUGACAUUCAUGAUGUCAACCUUACUCUCCUAAAUCCAAGAAUGAUAGUGGAUGUUACGCCCUACAUGAACGUUUGUCCCUUUAAUGUGUCACCUAAUACCCAUGUCUCGCAGGUGUUCAACCUAUUUAGAACAAUGGGACUGAGGCAUUUACCAGUGGUAAAUGCAGUUGGAGAAAUUGUUGGAAUAAUAACACGGCACAACUUAACCCAUGAAUUUCUGCAAGCCCGUCUAAGGCAGCAUUAUAUGACUUCCUGAUGAUGCUCUGCAAGGAAAUUAUCAGCCCAUUUAAGGACUGGUUCUCUUCACCUUUACAGAGGACUGAGCCUUCCAGGACUGCUCCUCUGGGUUCAUAACUGUUAAGACACCUCUACCAAGACCAUAAAAGGCUUCUUGCCUUCUCUGUCUCCUUACCCAGUUUCUAAAGAGGGAUACUUCUAGCAUGAAAACAAGAUAUUCUAACGUAAUUUUAAGGGGAAUUAUAAACCUGUGUUCAGCAUGAGCCAUAUAAUUAGGAGGAGUGACAUUGUGUUGUACCUACUGUUUUAAUUUUUAAAAUGAAAAGUUUACUAUAAGAGUGUAACAGUGCAUUUAAAGAAUAUCAAUUGCUGUGUUGUAGGCAAAUAUUGCCUUAAAACAAGCACUUUCAAACAGUUCUCAAUGAGGGCAUUUGAGGAGAUUUUGCUUUUGUGUCAUAGCUAUAGGAAAACACAAGUUGAGAAAAUCCCACAGUUUGUCAUUUGCAUUAAUCAAAUGUCCUUUUCCCUUAUUUCACUUCAAAUCAUUAAGAUGCUAUUUGAUUUAUGUACCAGGAAAUAUGCAAGCGGAAAAGUGCCUAUAACUUGUUAGAGUUGUUUUUAGUGCUAUGUUUGUUUAGCAAAACACAUAAAGGCAAAGAAAAAAUGUUAUGAGGUCUGUUCAUAUUCUCUCAUUUAGACCUCUAAAACAGACUCCUCUUUGCCUAAUUUGUUUGGGACACAGGGAAAGUGUCACAGUGAAAGUGUUGACCUUUUUUUAUUGAAGAAUACAUUUGUUUAGACCAAAAAAAUUAGUUUUGCUCAUGUUGAACUUAGAUUAAUAAUUUCCCCUUUAAAAGAAUUUUCAAGUGAAUAUUUUAGACCUAUCAUUAAUCUUUCAUAUGCUUUUACUGUACCUUUUAUUAACUAUUUCCUGCAUUUUAGCUUAUUACACACAUACAGAGAUAGCAUCUAGGUCUGUCUGCAUUAACAUUUGUUCUGCCUGUCUACAGAAAUAGGUUAUAUCCCACAAGCUGUUACAUUAGAGUUGUGCUUUUUUUUUUUUUUUUUUUUACUAAAUUUAUAGUUUCACAUAUAAUUUUGUCAGGAAAAAUCCCAACAUAAUUUUAUUUGCUCUUUAAAACGUACGUUAUACGUAUGUUAUUUGACUUGGUUAAUUACGUUAUCCUCCCCUCAAGGGCUGGUUUAAAGGCAGCACAAGGAGGGCAUUUGUUUUUGUCCUCCUGCAGGAGAGAGGGUUUUUUUUUCUAAAAAAAAAAAAAAAGUCUAUGGUAAAGGUUCAAAUUGCAUAGUGUUAUUUUGUAUUUAAAUAUUUGGGGGAUAACUAUAUGCUGAAAUGUUUUUGCUGAAUAUUAUAUUCAGCAAUGACCUAAAGACUGCAUGUUGAAUAUUUCCGAUUUCCCAAUAUUUUUUUUACCCUCAGAUUGGGACCCAGCCUUUCUCUUUUGCACAAGACACCCUUGUAGGUGCUUGGACUUUCCACAGAUCACACAAUAAUCCCUGUUUCUUAUAACAGACCUAAAACAGGUCUAAAGCCAUAAUAAACACCAGAAGUUAUUAUCCAGUAACGCAUCUUAGGCAACACGUUUACUGUUGGCAUAAAUAACCAAUGACAUGAUUUAUGUAGUACAUUUCUUCAGUGCUGCAUUUUAACAGGUCCAUCACACAGUAAUUUAUUAAAGGGAAGCUUUUAUGGUAACUUAAAAUUGCUGGCCUUCUUCAAACAGAAUCAGGGCAAGCAGACCGUGUGAUUAUUUUCAUGCUUAAAUUCUAUGGCUGUCACCACUUCUCUGGCCCUGCAACUCUUAUUUUCUACAUAAGAAUGAGUAGGUUUUGUGUGUGACAACUGCUCAUUGAGCACCUCACACACUUCUGGGCGAGUGAUGGCUAUGGAAGUAAAUUGUAAUUUUUUUAAUAAUAGAUAAUAAACAAAGUCUCCGUAUACCCCUAAAAUAAUAUAUGAACUAUAUAUAUAAUAUAUAUAUAUAUAUAUAUAUAUAUAUAUAUGAACAGAAGAGCACUAGGACACCACUAGCAUGCUAAAAUUAUAUACAUGAGGGCUCAUUUAUGUCCGCAAGACCAGUUGCAGUCCCUGCAGUCAGGUGCAUGGAAAACCACUUUCAUUAAACUAACUUGCAUCAAAAUGUGCUCCUUGCACUUCCCUGUAGUUACACUCAGCACUGUUCAGUCCUUCCUGUUUGCUGUUACAAAUCUAGCCCUGCGGCGCCUAUUAAUGCAGUGGAACCCUGGAGCUACUCCCGUCUCUUGACCAGGCAGUAGCUCCAUGGUUCCAUCAGUGCCCUAUGACAAUUGCUGCAGUUCAGUUGCGCCAAAAGAAUAGGGCACACACCAAUCACUGGAAAUGAUGCCGGCAAAAAUAUUUGCCGCGAUAAUGUCUGAUUUUGAUGAAUCGGCCACAAUUGUGUCAAGAGAAUCACCCCUGUGUGACUGCAACAACGCUGGAAUUCUGGGGAAAACAACUCUGCAUUUUGGAGAAAAAACAUACUUUCAUAAUAUAGAUAAAUGCCCUGGCAGAGGCAUCUCCCCCAUCCUGCUAUAUCUGCCGUAUCUUUAUACAGUAACAUUAUCACAGUGCUCAUAUCUCACAGGCAAAUCUACGCGGCUCAGUCCCCUUACGAUUCCUCUUACAGUGAGAGAGAAAUUAACUUUUAGAGCACUGUUGACUUGCCAGUAUAAGUUUAUAUGAAGUGAUUUCAGAAAUACAAGGAUGAUCUUACUUUUGUUCACAUUUUGCUUUCAUUUUCUUUUGUACACACUAUUUUUAUUUUUUUGCACAGUGGGCUUUUUUAGAAAAUAAAAAGCUUGCCACUUAAAACUGAUGAGAGUUUUAUAUUUUGAAAACAAAGCAAUGAGAGAAAAUGCAAGCAAUAUUGAGUUUUCUGACUUCCUGUCUUUGAAUAGUUAUAUAUAUGCCUCAAAUUGUUUGCAACAUUCUGUUCUUAAGUUAUGUUCAUAAUGUCAGUUUUUUUUAAACAACUUAACCACAAAGAAAAUAUUGAAAAUGAUUUCAGUUGCUGCUCUGGUUUACUGUACUUGAAACAAAUUUUAACCUAGUUGUAAUCUCUAGUAAAGAAGAGAACCCUGGGAUUGGGAGGAGUAUAGAAAGUUAUGCUAAAAACCUGUUUCUGCGGUUAUUCUUGCUUCAGUGCACAUUUUCAGGGUUUUUGAAGACUGAUAUGCAAAAAAUCCUGUAUUUAUUACUCUUUAAAUGUCAGAGUAUUAUUUUUGCUAAAAUGUCACCAACAUCUUUUGUUUUUUUAUGUUUCAGAUCAUGUUUAAUUCUGUUUUUUUCUAUGCCAUAGCUCAGAUGUUCUGAAAGUAAUUGUUAGCAAAAUUUCAUGCCGAAUUUUAGAAAGCAUUAUUAUUAAAUACUCCAUUUUUUUUCAAAUUUUCAAAUGUUGUCUUCUUGAACAACUUAACUUCCAGUGGAACAAUCAACAGGCCAUCUGACAUAGUAAUACUAGUGAUUUUAUUUAAGGCUGCUGACAGCUAAGGGACCAUUGAUUUUUAUAUCCCUUAACUUUUAUAUCCCUUAGAUCUUUUAACAUUCCAUUGUGUAUUAUUUGCACUUUUGCUGACAUAAUUGUGUUUUUUGCCUAAUUUGGGACCAGUUUUAAAGUACUCCAUAACAAGCCAACAAGUUAAAUACAUAUUUUUGUUUUAUUGGUUUUAUUCUAUUGCAUAUUUAUUUUUGUAGAAAAGGUGCAUAAACACUAUAAGAACAUCCGAAAUAAAUCUAAAAUAGUAAAUCUUAAAUACAUUUUUAACACAGAAAGAAAAAAUAUUACAGAUUAUCUAUGACUCUCAAGAACUAUUUUCAAAGCCCUUCAUUAAGAUGGCAACCCUUUCCAAUCCCUCCCACACCUUGUUCUAUACUGAAGUGAUGGAUUCUGGGACUUGAAAUCCCCCUUUCUUUCUCAAAUAAAGACAUCAUUUCCCAGAAUCCAUCACUGUAAGGUAAUUCUGAGGCACCUUUUCUACAUAAGCCCAACUAAGUACAUAUAAGUACUUAGUAACUAUAAGUACAUAUACAAACAAUGGAAUGCUUUCCUAUUUAUCCUUUAAUCAUGGCUUGUUAACGGGUCCCUGAAGACUGGUCUGAGAUAUUAUAGUAUAAGCUAUUUUAUGUUUUAAUUGUAAAUAAAUUUGUGUAGUUUUAUUUUUUAUGUAUUUAAUUUCUGUAUAAGAUUACUAUUGUUACUUGGUUACACGUCUGAAUAAAAAAAAAAGUUUA